AAUAAAUACGGGAAAAUCGGAUGUCAUUGAGUAAAAGAAUUGCCAAGAACGUGAAAGACAAAACAUAACAAUAUAAUUCGUUAAAAUAAUGAACUUUAGAUAAUCUUUUCUUAUUAUUUAGUAUUUUAAGACUCAAUUAAAACAAAUUAUAUCAAAAACACGUUAAAGCAGGGGGUUGAUUUUUUUAUUAUUUUUAAUAUGGUUUUGUGGAUAUAACGUUGACCAAAAUCAUGACGUUAGUUCUACAUUUCAAAGAGUUCAAAGUAUCAAUAAAGUGACCAGUUUUACUCGGUAUGUACUCCUCCAUAUCUCUCCGAAAUCUAAUGGUGUACGAACAUCUGUAAAACAAAUGUGUCAGUGUUUCAGGUGCAUCAUCGGAGAAUGCACACUUCUCAUCCAUUUCUGUUAACAUUGACACCAUUGUUUUGGAGGGGUACACAUUGUGCAAAAAUAUUUAGGCGCACCUCUCAUCUUAUUAGAAAUACCACAUUUUGAAGGGACAAAGCCAAGACUUUCGACAUUGAAUGUUUGUUUUUCCACACAGUAGGUCAAUUAAUUGUUCAUCUCCUUACAUGUGGAUUCAUGUACAAGAAGAGAGUGAGCUGGAUAAACAAAUCGAGAUACACCCUCAGCCUUUGUUAAUAGAACCAUUCUUAACUAAUACAUGGCUGAUGAUGGAGCCUGGUAUAGGCGUCAUAGGUUAUCUGAGCCAUGCCAGACAUUGCACAUUAGUUGCCAAGCAAGGAAUGUUUUUCUCCCUCCAAUUACUGUUUAGAGAUUUAAAGCAUAAUCAUAGAUAAUUAACCCUUACCAGGAUAUAAAUAGCUAAAUAAAUUGCUGUUUAUAUUGGGUCCUGAUAAUAGGCCUAUAUGUUCUAACAGAAGCUUCAGCCUUUAUUUAGCAUUUAUUAUAUCAAUUAUGAUGAUGAAUGAUGUAUAACAAUAAUUUAUGAUUAUUUUUACUGUAUACUAUGUAAGCCCAUUUUGAAUACAGUAGUCUUCUCGGAGGACACACACAUGGUUUGGGUCCAUUCUUUGGCUCUCCCUCAACAUAAUAGUUAUCAUGGCAUAGCCUAUACAAAUAAAGCUUUAUUGCCUGCCUAUUGAAACACUUGGUGCAAUUAUGUAUGCUUUGUUGUGAUAUGGAAGCUGUUUUGUCUGCAGUUUACCAUCUUUAUUAUAUGCUGCUGUUGAGAUAAGAAGAAUGAUCCUGAUUGGUUAGGACAGGGCUAAUGAUGUAGAAGAUGGGUGGAGUUGAGUCACACACCCACACACAAAUGCCAGCAUUUUAGUUUGGAUCGUAGAAUAGUUGGCACCACAGUUGUCCAAGGUAAAUGUGUAGAAGUGUUGUGAAGAUUCCAGGUCUAUUCCAGAGCUGGAUGGCUUACUGAUCCUGUGUUUGUGAAGUCCAACCCACAGCCAUUUCACAGAAAAAUGUCUGAAGAGAACGUCAGAAGACGCAAGGAGAAGUGUGAGAAUUGCACUAAACAGUGCAACAAGAAGCCGAGUGAUGAAGACCGUAGUUCCCUUCCGGAGGAAGAUGUAGCCAACGGAGAGGUCCCUGCCUCCUCCCAUCUCCUCAAGCAGCAGGUGUUGCUGAGUGCCUGUCUGUCCUGUGAGGGCUGUGUGUCCGAGGAGGAGAGCCUAAAGAUCUCCCAACAGAACCUGGAGGAGGUGGCCCGCGUCCUGGGUCUCAACAAGAAGUGUGAUGUGUCCAAACACCAGGUCCUGGUGGUGUCAGUGUGUCCCCAGUCUCUGCCUUUCUUCGCUGUCAAGUACGGUCUGGACAUUCCUGAGGCCACACGCAAGCUCUGUGGCUUCCUCAAGAGCCUGGGAGUGCAGUAUGUUUUCGAUACCACUCUAGCAGCAGGCUUCAGUAUUCUGGAGAGCCAGAGAGACUUUGUCCAGAGGUACAGCAGGAGGCACCAUGAUAGCCAGGCCCUACCCAUGUUCACCUCCUCCUGUCCAGGGUGGAUCCGGUACGCUGAGCGUGUUCUGGGCAGUCUGGUCACUCCUCACAUCUGUACGGCCAGGUCUCCUCAACAGAUCAUGGGCUGUCUGGUCAAAGACUAUUUCACCAAACAACAGAAGCUGAGCCCAGACAAGCUUUACCAUAUUAUGGUGGCUCCAUGCUUUGAUAAGAAACUGGAGGCAGUGCGAGAGGAGUUCUACAACAGUCUCCUGGAGAGCAGAGACGUGGACUGUGUUCUCACAUCCGGGGAGGUGUUCCACAUGAUGGAGCAGAUGAAGGUGUCACUAGCAGACCUAGACUCUGUCCCUCUAGACCACGUCCUGGGUGAGGCGGGGGAUCCAGCCUUGGUGAGACACCAGGGCAGAGGAUCGGAGGGCUUCCUGGAACACAUCUUCAAAUAUGCUGCUUCUGAACUGUUUAGUCUGGAUGUAGAGGAGAUCACAUACAAGACUCUCAGGAACCGUGACUUUCAGGAGGUGUGUCUGGAGCGGGAUGGAGAGGUGCUGCUGCAGUUUGCAUCCGUCUACGGCUUCAGGAACAUCCAGACCCUGGUCCACCGCAUGAGGAAAGGACACGUCCCCUACCAAUUGGUGGAAGUGCUCUCCUGCCCCGGAGGUUGUGUGAGUGGUCGUGGGCAGGCGCAGGGAGAGACAGGAGGCCGGGUGGACAAAGCCUUGGUUCAGCAGAUGGAGGAGGCCUACAGCAGUCUACCAGUCAGGCUGCCUGACACCAACCCUGGCCUACACUUUCUCUACCAGGACUGGCUGGAGGGACAGGACUCAACGCACGCCAACACACUCCUACACACACAGUACACACAGCAGAGCCCCAGCCAGACACUGACACACACAAAGCCCCCGCACAUACAGUGGUGAAAGACACACACACACCUCUCGUACACACACGUGCACACACACAGAAAACUCCAACACACCUCAACAUCCAAAAGUGGUAAUCAGGACACUGACCCUUUCUUUUCUAAGGACCAUUACAAUGCUUCCCAUAGGUACCAUUGUAUAGGUGGGGAUGGCCAGAGGACCAGGAUGGUGCUUUUGUGGUCUUUUGCACCCUGCCUAAAGAAUAAUCUACGGAAAAGACUGGACCAGUAUAUCCCAGAAAGACUUAAUUCUGGACUUCAAUAUGCCACAAGGUGGUGCUGUUGUUCCAUCUGUUUCACUGCUGUGGAGGCUGGUCCACUGUGCUCUCACACCAUGGAGGGGGAAACAAAGAUGUGAGAAAAGGACGCUAGUGCCAAAUAUGUGGGCUAGAUUCCAGCGCGAAUCAAUUAUGUGACGGACCACAACAUUUAAUCCAGAGGGACACAUUUGCAGGAUGGACAACAUUUAAUCUGCCAGCCAAAGGAGCAGUAACCCCUGGGAGGAAUAAUAUUCUAUCCAAGGGGAUGAAGCUGAAAAACUCACACAAAUGUGUCCUGUUAACAUGUACUGAAUGUUAAGCCUGUAAGAAUAUCUAGAUGCCUUAGUAGUAUUGCAUUUCAGAGGGGUAAAAAUACCCAAAAUGUUCAACCUAAAACCAGGUGUACUUGUUUCAACUGUGAAAUGUACAUGGUGUUUUGUCUCCUGUGAUUCCAAAAUGAUCAAUCAAUUGAUUGAAAAUGCUAGAUCUUCUCACUAAUAAUGCUGAUAGUGCUGUUGUGACUACCAUUUGCAUUGCGUGUGUUCAUCCAUGUAAUAAUCACUGCAAUCAAUUUGGUAAAUGGCUGUGGGAUGGAGAAAUAUAACCACUCUCAAAUUCAUAGACGAAGCUAUUGAGACUUUUUCAUUUAUUUGUAUUUUGUUUAGCCUUUAUUAAUACAGGUUUUUUUCUCAUUGUGAUAACAUCUCUUUUUCAAGAGGGACCUGGAGAGACUGACUGAUUUAAAAAUUAUAGUUUUAACCAUAACAAAUCAUGUUAUUAGCCAAAUGCUUUGUGAACAACUGGUGUAGACAAACAGUGAAAUGCUUACUUACAUGUCCUUUUCCAACAAUGCAGAGUUAAAGAUAUAAAACAUAGAAUUAGUGACACGAGGAAUGAAUACACAGUGAACAACACGUUUUGUCUUCUUCAUAUUCACAUUGUUUACAAACAAAUGAAUAAAACAAGCUCAUAUUUAGGGUUCUGAUGGGGUACAACAGUUGAUCUAAGCAUGAGGCAUUUCUAAGUUCUAUUUUUCAAUAGUUAUUGGGUACACAUCAAUCCAUUUACAAGUCCAAAAGUGAAUGUACCAAUCACAGAUUGGCCCUUUUAAGGUUAUUGUUUUAUUUGACCGUAUAGUGUCUGUGUCAUAUUGAUUGAUGAGCAUUAAAACAAUUCUAACCUGGAAA